AUGGCCGUCACGUCGUUCGCGGCCUUUACGCUCUUUAGCCUCGCGGAGCUCACGCACCACCACCCGACGUUCGUGCUGGCCAACGUCCUGCAAGGCGACACGCACGCGGCCGCGCAGUGGCUGUUGCUGCUGACGAUCCCCGCGACGAGUGCAGCCGCGUGGUUCCCCAUCUCAAUCUCCCACGCACCGAGCGGGAAGCUGCGCAUCACGUCGGCCGUACCGCCGCCACUGUCGCCUGCUGUCGCACCGUCUCGAAGAGCGCCGUCGUCGGCUUUCACGCGACUCGUGCAGCGCUUUCGGCACAACCACAUGUUUGCCAUCUACCAGAGCGUCGGGUGGACGCUCUUUGGACUGGUAGUCGCGCUACAGCUCACUUGCUUUGGAUCGUAUAAAGUCCGCGACCUGCUGUUCUGCAAGCCUGGCAGCCGGUCGGUCCAGGCCGUGGUGGCGUUCAUUGCCGAAGUGCUGAUCAUUUCGUCCGUGUUGACGCUGGAGAAACGACGAGAUCGGAACUGCCAGCGACGGAAAGACCGGUUCGUGGUGCAGCUCAACAACUUUAACAAUAUGCUGUUGCUGGUAGGCGCCACGCUGCUGGCGCUGGCGUCGGAGUAUACGCGCGUGUACCCGCACCCGUCGGGUAGCAGUGGCGGGUACCCCAUGACGACAGGUCUCGGGUCACUCGCUCUCUUUGUUACGGCACUGCUCAACACGUAUGGCCUGGGUGGUGUCUUGUCAACAAAGGACGGCUGGAGUUUUUACCAGCCUUUUAUGGGUGGUGUGCGUUUCGUGCUAUUCCAGAUUGUGUCAUGGACGUGCUUUGGCGCGGGUGCGGCACUGCAGAUGUUGUAUCUACUUUCGUUGGUCGUGGUAGAGCUGGAACCGUUCGUGGGCGCGAUGGCUGUUGCGGGGUCGUUGUUUGUACUGGCAGAGAUUGGCAUGAUGAUGUCGUUGCUGGUGUUUCGGAAGUCAGGGCUUUCGCCUGUGGCUUCCGCUGCUACGUUAUCGGAGACGGUCUCUUUCGGUGGAAGGAAUUUGUUUCCAAAGCCUGAGGCUUUGUCCGAAAAGAGUGUUGAGGAGCAGUCCGUCGCGGCAGGUUCUUUCGGAUACUUUUUGGCACUUCAUGACCGCGUGCGAAGCUUUGCCGACGAGUGUCUGGGGGUUCUCGUGGUGGGGUUUCUGGCCAACAUCCAGUUCAUUCCCAACGCUCUUUGUGUCGUCUUGUUCGCUGCAACCACAAACUUAAGUCCCGCUGGCGUCGCGUUCUACGGUCUCAUGGUGACGUGUGGGGAGUUUGUCAUGGUCUUGUCUCGCUUACUUGCCACUCAAUUGUACUUGAUCGACUCGCGCAACGGUCUGUUGAAAGAAGUCAACCGCUACCAUGUGAAGUAUGUGCUGCCCCAACUUAUCGCCGCCUGUAUUCCGGCCUUGGGUACGUACCACCACUACAUCCACGACAUGGACGCCUUCGUACCAGUAUGUAUCCUCACGAUCUUCAUUUACUUGUACGAGUUCACGUACCGGGGUAACCCGCAGCAAACAGGCUGCCGUGAGCGGGCGAGCUGGAUUACAGGCCGUAGCUUCCUCGUUGACACCGUCAGGCGAUACUUUAGCGGAAGCAUUAUCCGGAUGGCUCCAUUGGAUUCGAAGAAGCAAUACAUCCUGGGCUUUCACCCUCACGGCAUCUACCCCAUAUCCGUGAUGUGGCUCCAGCUCACGGCACAAUGGAGACGCCUGUUUCCAAACUUUCACGCGCAUAUUUUGACGGCGAGUAUUCUGCAUCAAAUCCCGCUCGCCCGAGACUUGCUGCAUUUUUACGGGUCGCGUGAAGUCACUCGACAGGCGUUCACGCACACGUUGCAGCAGAAAGAGAGCGUGCUGCUUGUACCUGGCGGUCAAGCUGAGAUGCUGCUGCAACAGUCCGCGAAGAACGAGGUACGCGUGUACACGCACCACAAAGGCUUCAUCCGCCUUGCUAUCGAACACGGCGUGCCACUCGUGCCCGUGUUGAGUUUCAAGGAAGGCGAGAUGAUGGACAACAUCCAGGCUCCCGCGAUGCAGCGCUGGUUUGUCAAGAAACUUGCUCUUCCGUUUCCGUACUUCCCGUACGGCCGUGCGCUGCUGCCGAUCCCGCGCAAGGUUGAUAUUCCGAUUGUAGUUGGGGAACCUCUCGAGGUGCCGCACAUUGCAAAGCCCACACAAGACGACAUUGACAAAGUCCACGCUACCUAUUAUUCCGUGCUUCAAAACAUGUUUGACAAGUACAAGGACGAGGUCGGAUGUGGCGACUACAAGCUCGUGUUGAUCUAG